UGCGGCCCUGGUCAGCUUAUCUUGCAAUGCCACUCUGUCUAAUUGAGGAGUGGUCUUAUCUUGCUCUUGUCUUGCAACACCACUCUGUCUAAUUCAGGAAUGGUCUUAUCUUGCUCUUGCUAAAAAUAACAUGUAACUGUGGAAAAUUACUGUGAGUUAAGUGCUUUGAAAAUGCUAUAUAAACCCUUAGUUUUGAGUGCUCGGGGUCCUUGUUGAAACCCGCUGCAUCGGGCAGAUAUUGGACCCCAGCUAGCUGGAAAUAAACCUCGCUGUGUGACUUGCAUUAUCGUGAGUGUCUUCUGUCUAUUUGAGAGGUGGUCGGCUCGGAUCCUAACAUUUGGGGGCUCGUCCGGGAUAGCUAGACCCCUCCUCAGGGAGACAGAUGACCCCCCUGAUACUGAGGUUUGCUCAGAAGCCACGGAAGGAGGUUUGGCCACCUCCAAGAGGGGAGAAUUGAAACAGGUCCUCGACCAGAGAGACUGAAACUUCCCGGUCCCAAUUGAGAAUUUUUGUGGAAAGGAAAGAGCGGGUUAUGACCCUGGAGGCUCCAUUAUUGGAAGUCAUGGGAGAUGUCCCCGAUGAGACGGUGCCUGAACAAUGUCCACAGUGGAUGCCGUUUGGACAGCUAGGUAAGGAUCCUGAGCAUUGUGUGAGUGAGAUGGCGCCUGUGGAUGUGGUGUGGCUGACCGGCCGGUGGGUGUUUGAAAACUCAGUUCAAAUUUCUAUGUUUGCUUGCUUUGUAUCCGUUGUCUUUUUCUGGCUUCUUUUUAUAAUAAUAAUGGGACAGGCUCAAGUAACACCUAAGACCCUGCUCCUGAACCACUUCCCUGAGAUCCACACCAAAGCUCACCAUUAUGGCGUGGCAGUAAAGAAAGGUAAGUUUGAUACUGUCUGCUCUGCAGAAUGGCCUACUUUUAAGGUGGGCUGGCCACCCCAGGGGACCUUUUCCCUGGACAUUAUUAAGAGAGUCCAAGAUGUGAUCAGCCAGCCUGAAUUACAGGGCCACCCGGACCAAUAUCCCUAUAUUUUGAAGUGGCAGGCUUUGGUAGAAAAUCCUCCCUCCUGGCUGAAAUCAUUUAUCCCAGAGAAGCCAGAGGAUUCCCCCCCCUGCGUAUUGGCCAUCUCUCAGGCUCCCCACCACCCGACUGCGCCCCCUCUUACGGCCCGUUCAGAACUCCCAGGGGACCCGUGCAAGAAACCCAUCUUACAGGAAGGGUCAGACCUGUGCCCCUCCCUGAUAGACCUAGAUCUUGAAGAAACCCAGAGAUCCCCUCCAUACACGCCUGUGGCGCCGCUCCAACCUGAGGUGGCCGCCCCUCCCAAGAUCCCUCACUCGUCUGCCUCCCUGUCAGCCCCCCCAGCCCCAACCCAGGGACCAGCGAGAGGAUUAAGUCCCCGAAGGCACCGGGAAGAAACCCCAGAAGAGGAACCAUCCUCCUCCACCUCACCUGGGGCACCCAUUCUCCCUGUAUGGGCCCUAGGAGAUACUGGCCCCGGUGGGGAAUGAUCUUACCAGUAUUGGCCCUUUUCAAGUAGUGAUCUAUAUAACUGGAAGGCUCAAAACCCCCCUUUUUCUGAGGACCCAAAGGGUCUAACGGACUUAUUUGAAUCUGUCAUGCAUACACAUAACCCCACCUGGGACGAUUGUCAGCAGCUCCUUAAGACCUUGUUCACUACUGAAGAGCGUGAGCGAAUCCUCACUGAGGCCAGAAAGAAUGUUCCCGGCGACAACGGAGGCCAACAACCUUGCCAAACCUGAUUAACGGGCACUUCCCCUUGAAUAGACCGGAUUGGGACUUUGGGAACGCAGAAGGUAGGGAGCGUCUCCGAGUCUACCGCCAGACUCUUAUGACAGGUCUCCAAGUGGCGGCGUGCCGCCCCACUAAUUUGGCUAAGGUAAAAGCUGUAAUGCAAGGGGAAAGUGAAAGCCCGGCCAUGUUUUUAGAAUGACUCUAUGAGGCUUAUAGACAGUACACCCCUCUAGAUCCCCUGGCAGAGGAGAAUCAGUCAGCUGUAAUUAUGUCCUUUAUAAACCAAGCUGCCCCAGAUAGUAGGAAGAAAUUAUAUAAGCAGGGAGGAUUAGGGGAAAUGACCAUUCGAGAUCUGGUGAAGGUGACAGAGAGAGUUUUCAACACUCGAGAGACCCCAGAAGAAAGAAAGGAUCGGAUCAGGAAAGAAAAUCAGGAAAUACAGGAAAGAAUUAGGAAAGAAGACAGAGAGCACCUGGGUAGGGAAAACAGAAGGCAGCAGAAGGAGAUGGCUAUAAUCCUGCUGGCGGGUGUGCAAGGCACAGCCCGGGGAGGACCGGGUCCAACUGGACCGGCCUGACCUCGGAGACAGCGGCCCAGGCCAGAUAGAGAUCAAUGCAUGAUCUGCAAAGAAUAUGGACAUUGGAAGAGGGAAUUCCCCAAGCACCAGGGCCAGACCAGACAGGACAGUCAGGUUUUGGUGGCGGGAAUGGACAGUGACUAGGGGAGAAGGGACUCGGGUCCCCUCCCUGAGUCUUGGGCAACUGCACAUGUAGAGGGGAAACCAAUGGAAUUCAUGGUAGAUACAGGAGCCCUGUACUCAGUUUUUAAAAAGCCUACAGAGCCCCUGUCCCAGAAGACCAGCCUGGUGCAGGGGGCAACUGGAUCCAAAGUUUAUCGAUGGACCAGUAAGUGCCAGGUGGACUUGGGCCGCAGUCAGGUGACCCACUCCUUCCUAGUUAUCCCUGAAUGCCCAGCCCCCUUGCUUGGGCGUGAUCUCCUAACCAAGGUCCAGGCCCGUAUCCACUUUGAGCCAGACGGCAUCAAAGUGAUGGACGGCCAAGGACAGCCCCUUCAUGUCCUGACCCUGUCCCUCAUGGAUGAGCAUCACCUGUUUUCCCUGCACGGCACCUCUCCCCCUACAGAGUGGCCCCAUGAGUUGAAUUACUGACUUAGAACGUACCCUCAGGCAUGGGCAGAAAUAGUGGGUGUGGGUCUGGUGGCCCACGGAGUCCCAGUAGUGGUUGAAGUCAAAGCCUCGGCCCAGCCUAUCCAGGUCCGACAAUACCCCACGUCCACUGAGGCAUGAAAGGGGAUUGCCCCACACAUUAACUGCCUCUUAGAAGCUGGGAUACUGGAACCCUGCCACUCCACCUGAAACACCCCACUUCUUCCCAUUAAGAAACAAGGGGGAAAGGAUUACAGGCCAGUCCAGGACUUGAGGGAAGUAAAUAAGAGGAUCGAGGACAUCCACCCCACAGUCAUCAACCCUUACACCUUACUAAGUCACUUGCCCCCUUCACAUGUUUGGUACACCACCCUAGACCUAAAGGAUGCUUUCUUUAGCAUAACCCUGGCACCAAGCAGCCAAAACAUUUUUGCCUUUGAAUGGCAUGAUGACAACACGGGAACCCCUGGACAGUUGACUUGGACUAGACUACCACAAGCCUUCAAAAACUCUCCAACCCUGUUUAAUGAAGGCUUAAAUCAGGACCUGGACUCGUUUCGCCAGAGCCAUGAUUCAGUUACACUCCUGCAAUACGUAGAUGACUUGCUUCUCGCAGACCCCACCGAGGCCAAAUGCCGACAGGCCACUGGAGACCUCCUCCAAGAACUAGGUCAUUUGAGCUAUCAAGCCAGUGCAAAGAAGGCUCAAAUAUGCAGGCAGGCAGUCACUUACCUAGGAUAUGAGUUAAGCAAAGGAACCAGAUGGCUAACAAAGGCUAUGAAAGAGACUAUUCUUAGGCUUCAGGUCCUGACCUCAGUCCAAGAGGUUCGUGAGUUUCUAGGGAAGACAGGCUACUGCCAAUUAUGGAUUUUGGGAUAUGCUGAGAUAGCGAGGCCCCUGUAUGAAGCAAUCAAAGAGAAGGCCCCCUGGGCCUUGGGGCCAAAACAACAAAAGGCCUUUGACGAACUCAAAGCUGCCCUCUUGAAGGCGCCAGCCCUGGCGUUGCCAGACCCCCUAAAAUCCUUCAACCUCUUUGUCGAUGAGAGGAAGGGAAUAGCAAAAGGAGUGCUAAUGCAGCGCCUGAGGCUAUGGAAGCGUCCGGUUGCCUAUUUAUCCAAAAGAUUCUAUCCAGUUGCAGCAGGAUGGCCCCCAUGUCUGAGGAUCUUCGUGGUAGUGGCCCUAAUGGUAAAAGAUGCAGACAAACUCACCUUCGGGCAGCAUCUAAAGGUGGUAACUCCUCAUGCAAUUCAGGGAGUCCUGAAACACCCCCCCAUAAGUGUAUGACAAAUACCCGUCUGACCCAUUACCAGGGACUCCUGUUGGACACACCCCAGAUCAUCUUUGAUGAACCUGCUGUUUUAAAUCCAGCCACCCUUCUGCCGACCCCGGAUCUAGAGGUCCCCUGCACAAAUGCCAAGAAAUCCUGGCAGAGAUCACCCAGGUGCUCCCCGACCUCCAGGAUGUUGCCCUCCCCAACAGUGAGUUGUUAUGGUACACAGAUGGAAGCAGCUUCAUCACGGAGGGGAUGCGAAGGGCAGGUACGGCAGUAGUAGACCAAGACGGGAAUAUCAUCUGGAGUGCCUCGCUUCCCCCGGGGUCCUCAGCCGAAAAGCCGAACUAAUUGCGCUGGUGGAGGCACUGGAACAAGCUGAAGGGAGACGGGUGACUGUCUACACCGAUAGCCGCUAUGCUUUCAGCACUGUCCAUGUGCAUGGUGCCAUCUACCGGGAAAGGGGCUUUGUUACAGCAGAAGGAAAAGAGGUACUCAAUCUCCUAGAGGUACAGAAGUUGCUGGCAGCUGUGCAAAAGCCCCAGACAGUUGCAGUGGUUCAUAUCCCUGGACACCAGUCUGCGUGAACCACGGAAGCUGAGGGAAACUGGCGAGCAGAUGAGGCUGCCAAAAUGGCAGCAAUAGCUUCACCAGCUUUGGCACUCACCCUGCCAGCACCCGAGCUUCCGCACCUGCCCCCAUGACCGGAUUACACCCCAGAAGAUCUACAGUGGAUCCAAACCACCAUUGCCCAGAGCCUGAUCAACAUGGGUGGCAUCGAGACUCAGAGAGAAGACUAAUACUGCCAGCGAAACUAGGACUGUUCCUUCUUUCCAACCUGCACCAAGCCACCCAUUUAGGAAAGAAGAAGUUGCUAACAGGUCUUGAGUCCGCCCGCCUUAAGUUCCCCCGACAAGCCGUCCAGAUCCAGGAAAUCGUGGACCAAUGCAUUGGGUGCCAGGCUAUGAGACCCAGUAGGAAGGGACCCCUACACAUAGGUACAAGGGUAAGGGGGAGGGAGCCAGGAUGGAGCUGGGAGGUGGAUUUUACUGAAGUAAAACCUGGGAAAUAUGGGUAUAAGUAUUUGCUAGUAUUUGUUGAUACUUUUUCAGGCUGGGUAGAAGCCUUCCCCAUGAAACGAGAGACUGCCCAGGUUGUUGCUAAGGCAUUACUAGAAGAAAUCUUAUCCCGAUAUGGAGUCCCCGAGGUUUUAGGGUCUGAUAACAGUCUGGCUUUCAUCAGUAAAGUCCUACAGGUACUGGCCCAAGCGGUGGGGACCAAUUGGAAGUUACAUUGUGAAUAUAAUUCCCAGAGCUCAGGGCAAGUAGAAAGAAUGAAUCGGACCCUGAAGGAGACCUUAUCUAAAUUGGCCAUCGAGACUGGCAGGGACUGGGUGACCCUCCUACCCUAUGCUAUCUUUCGGGUUCGGAACUCCCCUU